AUGUGCGACAGCAUCUGCAAAAAUGAGAAGAAGUUUGUGUUGGGGCCUGCCCCCUCGCCUUGCACCACCAUGGAGGACUACGCCGUUUUUGAACCCGCAGCAAACCCGGUUAUCAGAGACAUAGUCCAAGAAACGACAAUCCAUGUGCCCAAAAUAGAAUACAAGGAAAAAAUCGUCCACGUUCCCAAAGUUGAAUACAGAACGUACCCCGUCCUGAAAGAUGUGGAGACGCCCAUAUACCGAGAAAGGUACAGGUACAAAAAUGUUCAGGUCCCUCAAAAGAAGCUCAGGGUGAAGCCAGUGUACAAAGUGGUAGACGUGCCUCAGUACAAAUAUGUGAAUAAAUAUGUGAAGAGAAAGUACAGACGGUUUCAGUACGUGCCGAGGGAAGUCCCUGUGCCUUUUAGACCCAGAAGACAAAUCUAUACAGAAAUUCCCAUCCGCAGAUAUAUCCCCCAAUAUUUGGAAAAUGGUCCCAUUGAACGAGACAUGAGUAAUAGCGCUUAUAACCUUCAGGGAGAAUUACCCCUCUUCGAAGGGUAUAAUGACAAUUGCUUAAAUAUGAUGAAUCCGUUUAGUAGGUCUAGGAGCAGAAAGAAGGAUAACUGCUUUCUGAGCUGCCUCUGUAAUGGGAAGAAUGAGGAGUCAUUAAUGUACGAAGCCGAUCCUCUGCUCUUUUCCGAUGCAGUUUAUACACACGGUAGGGGAAAUCUCUACGACAUGAGCAGUAGCUAUGAAUUUCCUCCCGGGGGGAAUAGCACAUUUGCCUAUAAUAGUUAUCCACUCGUUAUACAUGAACGGGAGAAUAAUUUGUAUAACAGAAUGAUCGAGACAACGUCUAACUUGUUGGCGGCAGCUGGGGUGGCUCUCGUGCUGGCUGGCAAACUGGGUCUGCAGGGGAUAUCUAUCCUCGUGGGAGGUACUGACAAGGGGAAGGAGACGCCCAAGGGGGGUCAUGCUGGUGUGGGACCCCAUCCGUAUGAGCUUGAUGGGGGUCGACGUGACCCGCUUAAACACUCGCAGGUUAGGAAGAAACAAAUUGAGGAUCAAAGCGGGAAGAGACCCACAAAAAGGACAACCAAAUAG